CGACGAUGAGGCUGCCGCGAAGAGUGCCCUGGGCGUCGGUGGGGGAGCUGGAGCAGCUGUGUGGGUGGAUAUACAACGACCGGAACGACGUCGAUGCGCAUAGGAUGGCUUUGGCUCGCUUAGCUGCCUGGCGUGCGAUCACUGCACUCCCUCACGCUCUAGAGUCUACUGCGGCCCUCCUCACGACCAUAGUACAGGAUGAAGCGACGGCGACGAACUCCCUUACUCUCCGUCAUGCGUACGCGGCCGCGCUCAUCCGACUAGUAAACGGCCUCGUCGACCCCCUCCAAUCUGGCGUAUACGCGCGCUCGAUCGCUGCCAUCGCCGCGCAAAUUGGGCUACCUGCCUGGCUGGUCGAGCUCCGACAUGCCGCGACACAUGAAGACCUUCCGAGCCUCGAAUUGCUGCGAGAGGGCGCCAACCAAUCCAUGCGAUGGCUCCUUGACAAUUACUUCCUCCCCACCAUCACCCCUGCACCCACCACCGAUACCGCCCCUUCUCUUCGCCCCCUCGCACCUACCCUCAAGCAAUAUCGCACGGCAGCAAAAGCAGUCGCUCGCGAUGCAUCCUUGCGCGUCAAGCAGCGGCCUAUACUAGCUGGUGCCCUCCGAGACGUCGAGCGCUGGCUCGCCGAAGCAGCAGUCGCCGCUGCUGCUCAUGACUGGUCCACCGACCCUGCGGCACGCACGCGGUGGGCCCUUGACCAGCUCUCCGAUGCCCUCCUCGAGCCGGGCGCCCUGGUCCCGCUAGCCAAGAAGAAGCGCACGCAUGACGAGGAGGGGUUCGCGCCUCCUGCUCUCUCUGUGGCAAUUUGGCAAGACCUGCUUGCGCAUGUGCAGGGACUACAUCCAUCCUUCUACGCCGUCGCAGCCUUGCGGUUCGCGCAGAAGCUUGUCAACUCGACGAACGAGGAUCCCUCUUACGACGCUUGCCUUGCACGAUGGGCAGCGUGGUUCGUUUCUUCGACCGAGAAAGCCGAGCGAGAGGAUGUAAAUGCAGACGUUGUCGCAGCACUUUUCAUAGGCCUGGGCCCUGAGUCUCGCGACCGACUUCCUGCCGCUUCCGAACUCCUACGCUUCAUCUGCGACUCUGACCCGGAGCUCGCGGAAGUCUCCGCGAUCCUCCAAGCAGAACACAAGUCGGGGAAGUCAUCGCCCUGGGGACCCGACUUUACCGCGGUCAUGGAGGAACGCCUUGCAACCCUGAUGGCGGACGAAAUAUUGGAUGAUCAGGAUGCAGCGCCUGUCAUGGAGGACGCCAUUAUGCCCCCUCCUGAGCCAGAGUCAACUUCUUCGCUGCCACCCGGCUGGCAACGCGCGAACCCUGCCAAGUGGCAUCCGGCACCCAUCGGGGUAUACGUACCCGCUUGUUGA